AUGGAAUCCACAUUUAAACCUACACAAGUGACUAUGGAAGAUGUAGAUGAAAGAUUUAAGAGGUAAAUUCUACACAGUUCAAAAAAGCAUAUUAUUUGGCAUUUUAAACUAGACAAUGAAAAGCACACCGCAGAGCUCGAAUGCUCAUAUUUGACUAAUAAAAGAAGGGUCACUUUUGAUGGAACCUUAAUGUUCACAGGCUAUAAGCCAAUUGGCGGGGUAUUCCAAUACAGAUUUUUCCAUAUGAAGCAUGUAGUUACUAUUGACAACCCCGGUGCAGAUGCAGAUUUAUUAGUUGACAGCUUAUCUUUUAAUGAUCUUUAUUGGCAGAAGAUUUUGGAAAUAAUGUAUGGCAAAGACUCCGCCUCAAGGCAGCCACAUAAAGACCAAGUCCCCGAGUACCCUACAGAAACCUUUAAAAAGGCUGGAGAAGAGCCUAACAUUCAGCCUAGAAAAGCCCACGAAAUUGACUUAAUUGGGCAAAAACCAAAAAAUGAAUUUAAAAAUGGCUAA